GCUGAUGAUGAAUCCGUCUGCUCUCUCUCAUCCCUCGGAUACUUCAAAUCCGUUUCUCUGACUGCACGAAGACGUUGCCAAAACCCAACUGCAACCUGGACGGAGGAUUGUAAAAAAAAAAAUAAUUAAAAGAAAUGCUUGAAUCCAGAAACUAUGAGUGACAGUCCGGCGUGUUGUCCAGCUGCCGUGGCGCUCUGGCAGAGGAGAAGUUGGGAGUCAGAGUCGGAGGACCAGCAACUUUUAUAGACUUUUAAAUCCACCGCCUGCAAGUAGUCAGCAGCCCCAGUUUAGACUUAUUUUACUCGGGGAGUGCGCGUCUGGAGAGCUUUGACAUUAAACCAGUGUUCUUUAGGUUAUGUGUUGUCGACGAGGGCGUCUUGAAGCGACAAGGAAAUGGCAUUUCUGUGAAGAGCAGGUCUCUGGUUUUUGUGGUUGACAAUGGAGAAUAAAUGAAAGGGACGUUUCAGGGGAUUAAUUGACUGCAGCACAACGACAGAAUGCGGGAGAGGGACCUACAGAGCAUGUGCAGAAGGGCGCUGCUGCUGACCGUCUGUAUGGUGUCUCUGUGGGGACAACUGACCAGUGCAUCGUCACACAGAAGCCACAUAGUUCAUGUGAAAGCAGGAACCUGUGAGGUAAUUGCCGCACACCGAUGCUGCAACAAGAACAAGAUCGAAGAGAGAUCCCAGACUGUCAAGUGCUCCUGCUUCCCUGGACAGGUGGCGGGAACAACAAGAGCAGCUCCAUCUUGUGUAGACGCAUCCAUAGUUGCACAGAAGUGGUGGUGCCAGAUGCAUCCCUGCAUGGAUGGGGAAGAGUGUAAAGUGCUGCCAGAUCUCAAAGGAUGGAGCUGCAGUACAGGAAACAAAGUUAAGACAACCAAGGUCACGCGAUAGUCCUCUGUUUCAAGGAUAACCUCGUUUGAAGCCAGACGUUUGUUUCUUUGACCAACACCGCGGGACGUUUGGAUAUCAUGUGUGUUUUUGAGGACUUGUGGAAAGCAGGGACCAACGAGGACAAUAAUCACGGGCAUUCCACCGAACGAAUGGAGGAAAAGUACCAGGGAACAUCAUAUCCAAAAAUAUUCCUGACUUUAGAUCCAGCAUCAACAGUAGCUGUCUCUGAACUCUACUGACCACCAGAUCUCUCUUUGUAUAAUAGUUUUAUUCCUAUGGACUAGAAGACUUAACCAUGAAGAUAUUUAUUGACUUAAAGACUAUGGAUUACACCAGAAAAAAAAAAACACCCCUAAAACAAAACCACGUGAUGUGAAACUUUUGUGUUAUUUUCUUGCCACAAGGAGCCCCAGGACUCAUGAUGAAUAUCUGUGUUGAAGAUCUCAUGAGAUGAUAAGCAUUUUCAUUCCUUUUAGCCUUAUGGAGCAGAGAUAUCUCUUCUGAUUCUGUUUUUGUUGAUUUGAAACUAUCAAGUGUUUGGCUUUCUUAAGUUCGUUAGGAUGUCGAGUCUUGUUUUUAAAGACAAAAGGCGAUGCCACAACAACAAUGUGAUGAUGAAGGGUCAACACAGCUGAGUUCUGCCAAAUUGUUUUAAUGGUAUCUGUUGUUUUCAAAGCCUGGUGACUACCAUCGAUUACAAAUGUCAAUAUUAUAUCAAUAAAUCUAACUCAAAGAAUAUCAAUGUUCACAAA